AUGAAUGAAGCCGCGGCACCGCAGAGCCCGUGUAGCAGCCGUCUGGCGAUGGACUUCGAUCCGCUCAUCCGCGAGCGUGCGUACCGCCGCCGGAACCUCCUUAGCCUUACGGUGGGCGCGGAUAGAUUAGACCUUAGUGGCGUGGUUGUGGUGCUGAAACCCAUACCUGAGUCAUACUUGGCGCACUUGGAGGAGUCACCAGCGCUUGAGGUGUGUUUAGAGAAGAGCGAGCAAUCUGCUGUGGAGACAUUGGAGCGGUCCACCUUCCACUGCUCACCGCUUCGUAUGGAGAGCGUCAUUGUCGCUGCAUCGCUGGGUCUCUGGAGGACGACGGGGCGCAGCAAUGAUAUCAUUGAGGCAACGAGGGCUCGCUUUUUGGGUGGUAUGGAAGAGGGGCGCCGAGAGAAGAAAAGUAAGCUGCCUGUCAAACUCUUCUUCAAUUUCCUCAAUGAGAUGGAGAUUGAUGUAGUGAUACUCUCUACUGAUCGGGAGAGAAUGGCAGUGUUCUGCGCCAAGUCAGCUAGGCGCAGACAACUCCCUGACAUAGAUGCCGCCGAAGAUGAAGGAGGUGAGCCUACUGUGAGAUGUCGCACUCUUCUUGCUUUGGAAUACAGCACCAGUGGUGCACCUUGGAGCCCGAUGCAGUUACCAAUGUUGCGUAGGGGUCGACGCGUGAGUAUUAAUGUGUCUGAAACUCGUGAUGGCGUACAAUCGGACACCCAGAAUGCAUCCAGGGCACGUGUCGUUGCAUUCAGCACCGGUGACCUUGCGCAGAGUUCCAACACGGAUACUAUGGCGUUUGAUAGAACAGUCUAUAAUCCUCAGAUGGUGCUUCCCAAGGUAAGUGGGAGCACACAGAGUAUUGAAAGUGAGAAACAAAGUGAAGCGGAUUCCAGAGAAUCGCCCUUCAUCGGGAUGAGGUAUCCCAACAUUAACCAGCUAGACCUUCAAGUGAUGGAGGUGUUACGGCGUGGACUACAUCCCGUACUGCGCCGAAAUCGAAUUCGUUUCUUGAUAGCCUUUCCUACAGCACUGAUAGGAUUUAUCGUGGGAUUGGUGCUCAUAAUCCAUGUUAAUGCCACUAUAGAGACAUUCUGUCGUCAGACUUCGACUGACACCUCUGCAAUAGGGAGCGAAGAAUCAUCGGACAGUGAUUGUCACACCUCAUUCUGUGAUCCAAACAGAAACUCUGCAAUAGAAAAUGCGGCCACUGCGUUUUUAUUCCGUCGUGUAUCGGGCCCUGGGCAUUUCGUUGUUGCAGCAACGUGUGGUAUGUUUGUAGCAUCACUAUUAGCAGCAGCAGUGAGUUAUUUUACGACACGAACGUUGGCUCGGGAAAACUCACGGCCCCUGUUUUACAUUGUCAUGACAGCACUUCAUAUUGCAUUUAGUGUGGCUACAUGUGCAUUUUCUGCCUACGCGUUGUCCGUUCUCAUACAUACGGUGCACGAGAUGCCCUGCUCGUCAUUUCAGGGGAAUGACGCGGCUUCCUGUGGUUUGGCACAAAUUCUAUGCCCCGAUUAUCUAAUUGAGGUUCACAUCCGCCACUCAACGCCAGUAACGUCUGCAUUGUCUAUACUAUUCUUUUGCCUUUGCGUGGUGGAGUUUUUGGCGUCGUUGGUGCCCCCCAUGCCGGAUAAGGGGACAUUGGAGAAAAUCCAGAAGGCAAAACCCGAGACAUAUGUCUUCUACCCCAGCGUGUACGCCCCCGACGGUAUCUCAGAUACGGAGAAAGUGUGGCUAAGGCGGCGCAUCGCGCGACGCCUGCAUAUGCAGCUUCGUGAGCAGGUGCAGCAGCAGGAAAUGCUUCUCACGAGGAGUGCUACCAUUGGAGAAAUGAUGUUGGCGAACCGUGAGCAAAGUCUCAGCGGCAGCCGGCCAAGAGAGACUCCAGCCAAUACCGCAAAUCACUGGAGCGAAAACGAACCGCAGAACCCGCUGCAUUAUAUGGCAUCAUUGGAAGAUGCGAGUGGUGGCGAGAACAGUUCCCUUGAGCCAGGUGCGUAUGGAGCCGGAAGACGGGAGUUGCCAUUACAAUUGCUUGAUGAGGUGGCGCGGAUUAGCAGACGGGUUAAGCCAUUGACAUGA